AUGGUCAUUCUCCCUCUAUCUUUCGGUGGGCUCUCGACUGCCCACCCUGACGAACCCGUCUCGUUCGGUUCGGUGCUUACAGACCUCAGCCCCAGAGUCGCAAGACCGGGUACCACUCCGGAAACAGCUCAAACAAAAUGCGAAGGCGUUAAAAGCGAGAAGCGUCAGAGAAGGGAGAGCGAGGAGGCUUCGCGACAAAAAUGGGAGCUCACUGUCGGGAUUGAGAUUCAUGCGCAGUUGAAUACCGAGAAUAAACUAUUUUCACGUGCUCCGACAUCAUCCACCGACCUACCCAACUCAAAUGUUGCUCUGUUCGACUUGGCUUUCCCAGGUAGCCAGCCGGAAUUCCAAGUUCCAACGCUGCUACCUGCCCUCCGCGCCGCACUCGCCCUGAACUGUGAUAUCCAGCCCGUGAGCAGAUUCGACCGGAAACACUACUUCUAUCAGGACCAGCCCGCCGGCUACCAGAUUACACAAUACUAUGAACCUUUUGCGAAAAACGGCUAUGUGGAUUUGUUCGGCUACGAUGGGAUCGCGCCAGAGGAUGGCGAUCACGUUCGCAUCGGUAUCAAGCAAGUGCAGCUCGAACAGGACACAGCCAAAUCACAGGAGUACCCUCCCUCCACGCAGCUUCUUGAUUUCAACCGCGUAUCCCACCCCCUGGUCGAAAUCAUUACGAUGCCCCAAAUCCACACGCCCGCCACAGCGGCCGCGUGCGUCCGGAAGAUUCAGGCCAUCCUUCAAUCGUGCAGCGCAGUCACCACUGGUAUGGAGUUGGGCGGUCUCCGAGCCGAUGUGAAUGUCUCGAUCCGUCAGCGGGGUGAGGCCGAGGGUCCGCAUCAGUAUGGCGGCAUCGGCGGCCUCGGUCAGCGCACGGAGAUCAAGAACCUGAGCAGUUUCAAGGCUGUCGAGGAUGCCAUCAUUGCGGAAAAGAACCGCCAGAUUGCGGUGCUAGAGAGUGGUGGUGUUGUGGAGGGUGAGACCCGUGGCUGGACAAUUGGGAGCACGGAAACACGGAAACUUCGAGGCAAGGAAGGCGAAGUCGACUACCGGUAUAUGCCAGAUCCGGAUCUCCCACCGCUCCUCAUCGGGGCUGAUCUCGUGUCGGAGCUGGCCAGCACAUUACCGACUUCCUCGGACGAACUGAUUGGGCUGUUGACGGGGAAAGAGUACGGUCUCUCGAUUGAAGACGCUAAGCCGCUGGUUGAGCUCGAGGAUGGCGCUCGCUUAGAAUACUACCAGGACGUGGUGGAUAUCCUGCACGAUCAGCAGCAGGAUCAGGAUCCUACGAGCCGUGGGGGCUUGUCACGCGUGGCCGGGAAUUGGGUUCUCCACGAGCUUGGGGGCCUGUUGACCAAAGCAGGCCUUCCUUGGGAUGCAGACCGAGUCUCUGCGCUAUCGCUGGCUCAGAUUAUCGAUCACGUCCAGCGCAAGCGGAUCACCGGUCCUACCGCCAAGCAGGUGCUCGCCAUGGUCUUCGACGGAGACACUCGGGCGAUUCCUCAGUUACUGGAGGAGGAGAACCUGCUUCUCCGGCCUCUCUCACGAGAGGAAUACGUUGCGUUGGCGGAAGCAGCAAUCAGUCAGAACCCGCAAAUGGUCGAGCAGAUCCGGACGAAGAACCAGCUCGGGAAGCUGGGCUGGUUUGUUGGACAGAUGAUGCGCAUGGGCGAAAAGGGCCGAGUGGAAGCGCCCAGGGCGGAUGCGAUCCUCCGGGAACUGAUUCUGGGGCCGUCGCGCGCUUGA